AUGCUUCUACUUUACCUGCUGGCCUUGGUAGGCGUCCCAGCUAGCACAGCGGCAGGGGCCAAGUAUGAAGAGGUUUCAUGGUAUACGAAAAGCAUCUUACGUGGGGAGGUCGGCGUCUUAGGCCAGGGCGUUCGCAUUCCUAGCAAGCUUUUCGCGCAUUCAUCCUGCCAGCUAGUGUACCUUGCAACUCCCGACUGGUCUACAUCUCAAGUUUAUGUAGACUUUGGCAGUGCCUCACCAGCGACCGGGUGCAAGCGGCAAGCCUUUCUGGUUUACGUCGAUGGCUUCAAUACGCCACGCGCAGCGACCGGUAUCGGGUCAAGUUUUGACGUGCCGUGGGCGACUCUGGUGACGGCGCCCGCAACCGUGUUGACCGCCACCUACAACCCUAGCCCUAGCCCAGGCACCAGCACCAGUAACUCCGGGUCGCAGUCAAGCUCGCCUCCCCCAGCUCUCACCACCUCUAAAGAAGGCACAGUCACAGUCUCGAUGGCUGAUACCGCCGGAAGGCGAUGGUGGAAUUCGAAAAUCGACAUUCCUCUGGACAGGCUGAAGUUCUCGUCCAAGUACGACAACCUCCAAGACAUUGGCGCCGGGCUUCCGGAGGAGCUGUUUCCGGAACCGGGCGGCCCACUCUCACGUCCCGUCCUCGCAUCCGCCUACCUGCAAGCCAGCAGCAACACCCCCCAAGACCCCAGAGCCUACUUGUACACAGUGGAAAAAGAGCAGCAGCAGAAGCAGCAACGGCAACAGCAGCGGCAACAGUCCUCAAACGGUAUGGUAGUGGUGGUGGUGGUGUUGCUAUCGCCAGUCAGCGCAACGCGUGGGUCAAACUGGAUACCAGAAUUAUUCGAUUUAUCCUUUUUUUUUGUAUCAACGCAGCUAAUUUUCUUCACGGCGGGUCUGAUCGUCCUGCUCACUCUCAUCCUGCUGCUGCCCACCGCCUUCCGGCUGUUCAUCAGUUUCCCGAUACGUUGCAUCGUGUACGGCAUACGGACCACCUCACCCCAUUCCCUCCAGCAAACUGACUUGUGGACCAAGAACCCCCGUAACCUCGCCGUGGGUCCCCCUCCGAAACCAGUGUCUCCGUUCCGUUGUGUUGGUUUGUCACAAACUGAAACAAAUGAUGACGUGGCACGCAGGAAGUUGUUUCAACGUAGCCGGGUCAACGAUUUGCCGCUCGACACGGGUUUGCAUUCGUACAAGGAGCCCGUACACCACCGGUUCUUCGAGCUGCCAGUUGUACGGCAUUUGCUGGGUGCCCGGAAGUACCUGAUGUACGCCAUGUGUACGAUCCAUUCGGCGGAUGGACAGUACCGCGCGCUGCAGGUGUGCGUUACGAGCUCCGUGGCACUGAUGAUCUGCAUGAUGUCAUUCCCGCCAAACCUCGCACCAUCCCUGGACUUCUACAUUCCACCCCUCAACUUCCGCAUCGAACGUGACUCGGGCGACCCCCUCUCCAACGUGAUUUACUUUGUAACCAUUUUGGCAUACUCGCUAUACCUGGGCUUCAUCGGUUACCUGGCUAUGUUAACGAACUACAACCGACCUCGGAACAAGUACUAUUUAACCCAGUGCAUACUUUCCGUGAUUUUCAUGCUGGUCCUGGAUGCGAUGGUACUCAUCCAGGUUUACUCCAUUUUGCUAUAUUGGGACCAUUUGUCGCCUCAGUGGCCCUGGCUGCCCAUCACCACCUUCCAGCUGGGGAACCUGGCGGUUGCCAAUGUGACACUGGUGGCAACUCUGAUCAGCAGGGAGGAUCGCAACGUUGUCCUUCGCCGUACGGAAUAUCAUGCCCUCAUGGAAGAGCUGCGAUCGCGGGAGGCCCAUCUGGCUGCCGUCAAAGCAAUGGCGGCGGCGGCGGCACGGGCAGCUGGCGGCGCCGCCGCCGGCGGAGCCACAAACACCGAUGCGGACGCCAACACCGCCUUUGGCGGCGGCAAGGACAUUAGCCCGGCCACCGUGCACAGCCGCGCCGGGCUGCCGCCGUUGGCGGCGGCGGCGGAACUGCCACCCUCAACGGUACAGCAGACGCGACAUCGUCGGCGGCACGGUGGCUCAGCGGUGGGCAGCCAGCCGUCGUCGCUGCCGGAGAAUGGGCGGAGUACGGAAAUGGCGGCCACCGGCGGCAGCGGUAACUGGGGUUCUCACAGCUCGGUGCAUAUCAAUCCCCUGGCGGCGAUGUCGCUGCCGCCGCGCGCAGGCAGCACCGUUGGCAGCGCUGGCGGCAGCUCCGGCGCGGUGGCGGAUACGGCCGCGGUCGCGGAGAAGUCCUCCCCCAGCGGCGGACGGGUCAAGUCCGUGAUGUCGCUUCGCUUCGCGAGCUUGACACUAACACGGCAGCGGUGGCGGGAACGCCAGGCGGGAGGUCGUCUGGGGGCGCUGCUGCGACGGUACCCUGCCUGGCUGCUGGCCGCCCUACUGGUCUCGUCGUACAUGCUUGUAUUCGUGUACGCCAGAGCCAUGUCCUGGGCGCAUGUGGUACCGGGUUUCAACGCCACAGUCGACACGCUGGCGUCAAACCUGACGGCGGUGGUUGCGGCUGCCGCUACCUCCCACGUCAGCAGCCUCCUCGCCAACCCCGAUGUGGUGGGCGGGCUGCUCAACGACACCCUGGGGCCCGACAUUGCUGCCGCCCUACCUGCAAACCGGACCGCCGCCCUCCAAGCUCGGCUGGUAGAGGUCCUGGCGGCACGGCUGACGGACGUGAACCUGACGGCCACCUCGGACACUGUCGUACGUUCCGUACAGACUGGUCUGCUGCAGGGUCUGAACGUAAGCAUGACUCAGGUGACGUCGGCCGUCACCGCCAUCUCCAGUGUGGUGAAGGUGGCCGUUGAUGUUCCUGCUCAGCUUCGUCUUGCCCGCAUUGCGGCACGCGUUCUGGCGUCAUCGUACGACACGGACGAUGGCACUGGCGGCGCGGGAAAAUGGGCUAUGUCGAAUUUUAAGAACGUGUACGACGAGGAAGAUUCGAUUGUACGGCGCUCCGAAGCCACUGGCAUCAGUUGGGUCGUUUUCUUUUUCGGUGUCUUACUGUCAACGGCCGUUGUGCAACUCUACGCGGUCGGUGUGACGCUUAGUGUCGGAUUUGCUCUGGUGUCCCUCCCCUGGACUUGGACGUGGCUACUGCCCAGGUAUUACUUGUGGCUCGUGGCCGUCAUAGCUGGUCUCUUCCUAAACAAGGUGGUUCUGAUCAACUUCAUUGGCAACACCUGGCUGUCUGAUGGCGACCGGAUCUACAGGCCCGCUGCCUGGCUGGCCUUCCUUGUCAUCGCCUCAGCUACCAACCUGGUCAUUGGUUUGCUGCUGGCACUGUACCGCAUCAUCCUGCUCCUGCUCACCACCAUCUUUGCGCUGGGGAAGCUCGACGUGACUCUUUUCACGAUGCUGGCCAAGUUGGAUUUACCUCAUACGACAUUCCUUGCAGGAUUGCAUCUUCAGGAGUCCAUGUCCAACUUCCACGACCCCAUCUAUUUGCCGGGGCCCAGGGGGCGGGCACACCGCCGCUGGCGUAAACUCAGAGUGGCGGUGGCCAAAUGCGGCGGAGAGAAGCUACGGCAGCUGGUUUCGGAACCGUCGUACCCAGAUGAUGGCGUGGUGAAGGAGGUGCAGGUGGGCAGUCCUUACCCCCACGACGCCGACCAGGUGCUGGUGGUGGUGCCCGCCGAGCCGCCUUUGGAAGAAGGGGAGGUGGAAGAGGGGGAGAUGAGGCGAAAUUGUGGCAAAGGUGGAGGAGAAGGCGACCGCCGCCGCGACAGUCAGCUUCCAUAG